UUCGUUUUAUCAACGGAAACGUAUUUGUACGUCAAUUUGUAAAUCAAUAACUCGCAAGUAUCAAUGGUGUAUUGGACAUGUACAUAAUAUCCAAAAGGAAAUUCCGGAAGUGAAGUAACGAAAGAAGAAAGUCGCCAUUUUGUGUUCGCCGAGAAGGAUAAAGACUCUGUGAAUGACGGUUGGACCGAGCUGAGUAGCAUUCGUUUAAUUAUCGUUCCUUUGUUUUUUCUUCCAUCAUUCGUUCGGCUGUGCCGUGUUAAACAGCGUUGAUGAUUGGGAUUCCGCGUGACGAUCGACAUAAGAUCACGGUUAAAAUCCGCAACAAUAUGAAAAGGAGCUCUAGUCGAGACACUCCACCUCCUCGCGUCAAACGAAGCAGAUCUUCCAUGGGACGAUAUGACGAUUCUAGUGAUGAAAGAAUAACACCUGAAAGAAUCCGUCGUCGUAGUAGAGGAGCAAGAAGUCCAAGUCCUCCGACACGAGCUUCAUCUCAUGCUCGUUACGUUGAAUCUAGUUCUCACAGAGAUGAUUAUCUAAGAGCACCAAGAGAAUUACCCCCGGAACGUCCUUAUAGCUACAAAGUACUUUGCAUCAGUUCAAUUCACCCAAAAGCAAGCGACGAAGUUAUUAAAGAUACUCUUUACAGAGAGUACAAGAAGUUUGGGGACUUCUCUAUUAGAAUUUCUCACGAGUUAGAUGAACGAGUUGCAUAUGUUUGUUUCAGAAGUUCAGAAGAUGCUAGAGAUGCAAAACAUGCAAAACCAAGGAUUAUUAUGUAUGAUAAAGUGGCACUUGUUGAACCAGUAUAUGAGAGACCAGAUACUUAUCGUCGUCCAAGAUCAAUUACACCACCUGAUUAUGAAAGAUAUUAUGCUAGAAGUCCUGGUCCAACAGAUAGGCAUAGACCAUUAGAAAGAUAUGAAAGAGUUUAUGGACCUCCAGUUGGAUUGCCUCCACCACACAGAGAAAUGAGACGUGAAACAAUUCCUCCACCUCAUCAUGACUUUGUUAGACCACCAAUUCAUCAUGGGCCACCCCAUGUUCACCCUGGACCACCGCAUCAUUAUGGGCCUCCAAGACAUAUGAUGAUACGUCAUCCAGUUCAUGGAUUUGAACGUGUGGAAAACAAGAAAGACAAAUUUCCUAACUAUUUGCAUCAUGUUUCACCAGAAGAUGAUCCACUAGCAACAAGGACUUUGUUUGCAGGAAACUUGGAAAUCAAUAUCACGGAGGAAGAAUUAAGGAGAAUUUUCAGUAAAUAUGGGACUGUUGAUGAUAUUGAUAUUAAAAGACCCCCACCGGGAACAGGAAAUGCUUAUGCUUUUGUCAGAUUCCAAACUUUAGACAUGGCACAUAGAUGUAAAGUCGAAUUAUCUGGACAGUAUAUUGGAAAAUUCCAAUGCAAAAUUGGUUAUGGGAAAGCUACUCCUACUACAAGAAUUUGGGUUGGUGGUUUAGGACCAUGGACUUCUGUGCCACAAUUAGAAAGAGAAUUUGACCGAUUCGGAGCAAUAAAGAAAAUUGAUUAUAUAAAAGGCGACAACAAUGCUUACAUUUUGUAUGACUCCAUUGAUGCAGCUCAAGCUGCUGUAAAAGAAAUGAGAGGUUUUCCAUUAGGUGGUCCAGAUAGAAGAUUGAGAGUAGAUUUUGCAGAUGUGACACCAGGAUUUGGAUUCAAACCAAGGCCUUAUCCAGAGGAAAGUGGAGAAUUUAGACCAAGACCAGUAGAUUAUGAGUCUUCUUAUGAUCCUUAUGGGCCAGAUAGUGACUUUGGUUAUGGAUCAAGAGGGCUCAGAGGUAGAGGAUCUGCACCCUGGCACGAGAGGAGAGGUGCAGGUAGAGGUGGUUAUCGUGGAACUUAUCCAGAAUGUUAUGUACGAGAUGAUGCUGAUUGGUCUAGUCGCAGACCACCGCCAGAGUUAGAAUACGAAGCUCCAAGAAGUUUACGUCGGUCGUUAUCAAGAGAACCUGGUGUAGACAGAUCAAGAUCACGAUCUCCUCGCAGGAGGCAAAUCGAUUCAGACUCAGAUUCCGAGAAUACGCGUACGGGAAUGCUUUCUACCUCUCGAACACUGCCAGAAGUUGCUAGAAAAUCGAUAGCAGUAUGGCAGGGAGCAUUAAUUUUAAAGAAUUCUCUAUUUCCAGCUAAAUUUCAUUUAACUGAUGGUGACACGGAAAUCAUUGAAGCUCUAAUGAAAGAUGAAGAUGGGAAACAUAUGCUAAGAAUUACACAAAGAUUGCGUUUAGAUCAACCAAAAUUAGAUGAUGUCUCAAAAAGAAUUCAAACUUCCAGUUCACAUGCUAUAUUCCUAGGACUCGCUGGUUCAAGUACAGUAAUUUCUACAGAUGAUGCUAAUGUACAGACAAGACCAUUGCGUAACUUAGUAUCAUAUUUGAAACAAAAAGAGGCAGCAGGAGUUAUUUCACUGCUUAACAAAGACACAGAGGGGACAGGAGUUCUUUAUGCAUUUCCACCCUGUGCAUUUUCUACAGAAUUAUUAAAAAGAACCUGUCCAAGUCUCAGUGAAGAAGGACUCAAGGAGGAUCACCUGGUAAUCGUCGUUGUUAAGGGGGGUAGUGCUUAAGUUUUCUUCAUGGUUAAGGCUUAGAUUUAAAUAUAUGUAUAUGUAUAUAUGUAUAUAUUUAUAUAUAUAUAUAUAUACAUAUAUAUAUUAUAAAUAUAUAUACAUGAAUGUGUGUACACGCGUGAGAAUGAGUGUCUGUGUUUGUAUAUAUUGACCAAAGUGUUUAGUACCAUCACUUUAAUAUAUUAUUUGCAUUGUUUGGAAAAAUACUUCAUAUAAAAUCUGAAUAUUUAAUAUUUAUUAGCUUCAGAGGACUUUUACAAAUAUGGAUACCAUUUUUUAUAUAACAUUUUUUUUGUUCAAAUUAUUUGUUUAGAUAAGAUUUUCUGAAUUUUAUAAUAAUAAUGUGAAUGUGUCCACAGAGAUUUUCAAAGAUUGUGCACUCUGCAUAAAGAAGUGAAAGUCUUUUAAUUGAGAAAUAUAAAUAGAAUAAAUCAAAAUUUAUUAAAUGUUAUGCUUAAUAUGUGAAAGAAUAAUAAUCAUAAGAAAUUAAAAACAGUAAAUAAUCAAAAACAAGAAACUAGAAAAAAGCAAUUCAGUAUUCGUUACGUUUUGACAAAAUAUUUAAUUAAGUUGUCCUAUUGAUCACAGAUAACUUAUAAGUAUCUUGGAUUAAAUUGUACUAUAAUUGUACACUCUCAUGAGUGUAUAUACAGUUCUUUCAUAUUCAAUUCAAAUUCUGAAGAAUCUUUUCUUUCUAAACAUUAUCUUUGUCCUUUUUUAAAUAUUUUAUAUUGAAGUAAAAAUUUUAACCAUAGUAAAAGUAGAAUAUGAAGGAUCUGCUUAGAGUAUAUUUGAUACAGUAAUUAAGUCUAAUUAAUUGUAAAACUGCAUUUUAUGAUUAUGUAGAAUUAUCUGUGUGAUAUAUACAUAUAAUACUUACAUAAGUGACAUGUGCGGACGUGUUCUAAAAAGUGAACUGAAGAAAGUGAUUGGACAGAAUUCCUAACGGCUCUCUGUGCUUUUCUCCCAGUGAAAAGGGACAGAAUCGUUUCUUUUGAAAGGACAGUGUUUGGUGGUAAAUACAUGAAAAGCAUAAAAGAAAAAAAAUAGAACGUGUACAGUGAAAUGUAAAAAAAUCCGAGUGUUUGUGCUUGGCGACCAACAUUGUGACGCUCUUUUAAAAUACUAUUUUAAAAGUGCGUUACAGUAUGGCGCAAUUGAAGGUGCAGUGGUUUAAUCACACAAUAGUGUUGAAACAACAAAUAGAUGACUAUUACGCUGAGUUUAAUGCAUUCAUUAUUCUUAGUUCUCCUACCAAAGUUUCAGUGACACCAGAUGGAAAUAAUGAUUCUAACAUUAGAUAUGUAAAUGAUUUUUAACUGGAAGAUCUAUGAUUAUUUCAGUGGCAUCACAGGAUUUUCAAUUUGUUCAAUAGGAAAUGGAAAUUUGCCAUGAAGAAAUAUUUUGGUUGAUUUCAGUGGUAUCGAGAGAAAAGAAAAUGAUUGUUACAUAGAGAAGUUUAAUUACAUUACCAUAAAAUGCAUGUUGUGACUUGGCAAUCAGUCGCAUGGGUUUUGAACACAAGUUUUCUUGUGAAGUUGACCGUGAAUAUGGUGGAGUGGUUUUCCUUGUUUUUUUCAAGAAGAUUCUUCCCGUCUCACUUAGAUCAAUUGUGCAAUUAGUGUUCUUUGUGGUCUGUGGCCAUUUCUGGCUUUUUAAUUCUUAAAAAGUAACAAUUUAAAAUAUUUAAAAUAAGAAAAACAGUAGCAUUUUCAAAUUUCAUAUCCUACAGAAACAAUUGUGACAAAUUUAAAAGUGAAGAAUUGUCGGUGCUGCUUGAAAGUGUUUCAUUUUAAUUUGAAAAUUUUUUAAAUAAUUAAAAUUUAGAAAAAGAAAGAUUUGUUUCAGAGCCACCACAACGAAAGGGUUUGGAUAGAAGAAAUCAUCUACUGUCCACUGUAUUUUAUGCUUUAUACAAAUAAAUCAAAAGAUUGGCAAAUA